AUGGGACACAUCCCUCAGCCUGUGGGUGCCGAGAAGAAGGGCAGCUGCUCAGAUCACGGCUUUUGCAGUGAAGAGGAGCAGAACAAGGCCUACAUGGCAGUGCUGCAACGCCUGAAGUCUGAGGGCGUGCUCAAGGCACUGCGGCCUGACUCACGAGGCAUGCUGCGCAUCAACGUGCCCUUUGCUGGUAAUUUCGCAGAGCGCGACCUGCUGAUGGCAUUCUUGCGCACAGAGGUGUUGAAUCGGCGGAGUGACAUACGCCUUAUCCACAUUCUUGUCACAGAUGUCCAGGACUUCUUCAGUGAGAAGACAGAUCCUCUUGUGCGAGACCCGCACAUCUUCAUUUCGUACCUGGUGCAGGAUGGAACAGUUCCUCUUCCGCCUGCGCAGCUGUUGCUGGGGAUGCAUCCAGAUUGCAGCAGCCGGUUCUUGACCGAUUUCGGGAUGCCCUAUCGUCGAUACUACUACUUAUGGCAGCAGAUUCUGCACCAGACAGCAAUGAGCUGCACCCAGGUCGCCGUCUUUUGCAACCUCUGGCUUGAAGAGGCUAUCGAGGUGCAGAACGUGACAAGACAUGCAGGCAUGAUGUCAUCGGCGCCCUUGAAAAAUGAGCUGUAUUAUGGUCAAACCAUCACCUCGCCAUUGACCGCAAACAAGCGCGACAGGAAGCCGUUCCACUACAUCGUCAUUGCAGAUCGCGCACCCUUCCAGGUUGUGCCGAAGAUCGUGACGAAUGAUGAGGACUACACUGGCCCCUACCACAAUUUCUGGACACUCUCAGAAGAGCGUACACUCGAGGCCAUGAAGCUGAGAAGUUCCGACCUCGCAUGGAGAGACACUAGCUCCGGCUCGGAAUCGGGCUCGGACAUCUCGUCCGACAGUGACACGCAAAGUGAGAGCAUGUUUACGAUGGAGUUGUAG